AUGGAACAAUCAUCGACGCCAACACCAAUAUGUUCAUUUCCUGUUCGUAUUACAUGCGAAACAUUAUUACUACUUAUAUUAUUCGCACCUUUUAUUAUCUUUAUAUUUAAAUGGCCUAGUGUUGAAACUAUUAUACAUACAAAAGUUCUUGAAAAAACACGUUUAGCUCCAUUGUCAGAUGGAAAUGAAAGUUGGAUUAAUCCUCCAGUUACAACUUUACGUGCUUAUCGUUUAUUUAAUAUAACAAAUUAUAUGGAUAUAAUGACAAGUUCAAAUAAUACAUUAAUGAAAUUUCAAGAAACGGAUCCAUUUUUAUACAAAGUUACUGUUAAAAAAAAUAAUGUCAAAUGGUUAAAUAAUAAUACACAAAUUCAUUAUUCAACUGAACGUUUAUUUAAACGAUAUGGUCAAUAUAACGAAACAUUACUUAAUCAAGAAGGUGCUUUUGUUGAUAUACUUCGUGUUAUGUUUCGAACGAAAUUUGCUCGUGUUGCUGAUUCAGUUUUUUUUAUUCUUGGAGGAAAUAAUGCAUUUAACUAUUCGAAAGCUAUUGAUAAAUUAGAAGGUUAUAUAUCUCCAAUAUUUGCUGCUAUUUCAUCAAGAAUGCAAGGACCAAAUAAAGAUAAAUAUGGAUUUAUUUAUCGAUAUAAUGGAACAAAUGGAUUUAAUUUUACUAUUCAUACUGGUAUUAAAAACUCAACAAUAAAAGGACAAAUGAUUAAUUUUGAAACUGAAUAUACACCAUUUAAAACCAAAAGUCAAGAUUGGCAAACAGAUAUUUUUGAUGGUUUAACAUUUCCACCAUUAGGAAAUCCACCAAAUCGAAAAGUUAUUAAUGUAUUCCAACCAGAUUUUUGUCGACCUGUACAACUUCGUUAUAAUCGAACAGUGUCGAAAUUUGGUUUUGAUCAUUUACAUGAAUAUGUUUUGAAAUUAGUCGAUGUAGAAAAAUGUCCUAAAAUGGAUGAAAAUUGUCCAGAAGCUGAUAAACUUGAUAUUACAAAAUGUCUUUCAGCGGAAAUACCUGAAGAAACUGUUUUUCUAUCAAAACCACAUAUGUUUGGUCAUAAUGCUUCAUCGACGAAUGUUGAUUUUAAACCUGAUUUUGAUAAACAUGAAUCAACAAUUUAUUUUGAACCACUUUCUGGCACACCAAUUCGAGCUCAAUUACGUAUUCAAUUAAGUACAAAUGCUUGGAUUGAUCGACUUCGACUUAAUGCAGAUGGAUCAACAGAUCCUACUAAUACACGUGCUAUUCGUCGUCUUAUUCCAAUGAUGUGGAUUGAUCAAACAAUAAUACUUCAUAAUGAAACAUUACAACGUUUACAUCAUGUUACUGUUAUUCUCGAAAAAGGACAUUAUGCUUAUGAAUCACUUAGAUUAGUCUACAUAAUUAUCGCAUUUUUAUCACUUUGUGCUAUUAUCGUCAUAAUUGAAUUAUUCUUUUUUAAUCGAAGACGUCAAUCGAAGCAAAGUUUAUUAUUUGAACCUGUUAAAGAUCAAGAAAAAGAAUUAUUACGUCCACCAAUAACAUCGGCAAAUGCUUAA